GGUUACAUACAAUUAAGCUCUCACUUUUUUCAACUUAUCAAUCUUGAUUGAUGCCACACCAUAAUCUCCUUGUCAGAUAAAUGACAGCAUUGGAUCUUCACAGCAUUCUGGCACCUAACUCCUGUAUUCAAUCACCAUUGCCCAACUUCUUUGAUGCAACACCUUAUAUUAUAAGUUCACAAAUCACAAUUAAGGGUUUAUUACAAAACCUUUUACCUACAUAUCAUUCUCUCCAACCCUUUAUAAAAUCUUACUUCUUAGUAUCAUCAAUACAUCAAGUGCUCAUUGCGAAUACAAUUGUAACCAUAUACACAACUUCAACAUCACCUAAAUCUUCUUUUAGCAAACCAAGAUGGUUAGAAUUCAAUCUCUGUUAUCUUUGUCAUUGGCAAUACUAGUUUCUCUCUUGUAUUCCACAACCACUACUUUAUCUCAAUUAUCACCUGCUAAUGCUCCUAUACAACCUACACUUCCAGCUCCAACCCAACCAGCUGCAUCCCCUAAACCAUUGGUACCUUCCUUACCAGAAUCACCUACUGACUCCACACCUGACACCGCAGGCACAGCGGUUGACAUAGUCGGAAUCCUGAGAAAAGCCAAGUCAUUCAACGUCCUAAUCCGACUCAUGAAAACGACUCAAUUGAUCAACCAACUCAAUUCGCAACUACUGACUACAAAAACAGGUGGCUUAACAAUUCUUGCACCAGAUGACAGCGCUUUCUCAGAACUCAAAGCAGGUUUCCUCAACUCUCUUUCCGAUGGACAGAAACUCGAGCUCUUACAGUUCCACGUUAUUUCAGACUACGUAUCAAGCUCUAACUUUGAUAUUCUAACCAACCCAGUGAGAACACUUGCCGGAGCUAAACCAGGAAAGGUGGAACUGAAUGUUGUGAGUUACGGUGGCAGUGUGAACAUAUCAACAGGUGAAGUGAACACUACAAUCAAUGGCAUUAUAUAUACUGAUAAGCAUCUUGCUAUCUAUAAAGUUGGCAAAGUGCUUCUUCCUAUGGAUUUCUUCACCGUUGCUAAGGGGCCUACAAAGGGUCCGGCUUUGGCACCAGAACCUUCAACUGCUACAGCAAAGGCGCCUAAACGUGAUAAAGAUAUAUCCUCGGACUCGUCCCAGUUAGUUAAUCCGAAUGAACAGAAUUCUGCCUCUGUGAAGAUUGUGUUUGGAAAGUGUGCGUCUUUCGGGCUUAUAAUAGCUACGGUAGCGAUGAUGCAAACUUGAUGCUGAAAUGAGUGGAUAUGCUUGAUUCUUCUGUUACAAUAUUUUUCUGUUCUGUCUUGUUUUUCAAUUUGUAGUUUGGAUGUAUUCUUUGAGAAUGAGAGGCGUGAGCUCUGUGAAGGUUUACAUGAUUAUAUGGUGUAAUGACAUUAUCUAAUGCUAUUUAUCAAGGUUUUUUAA